AUGUCGGACAUCAUGAUGCUCGUAAAUCUUGAUCUCUACCAAGACCGCGCCUCUAAGUUUGCUGCUAUUAUCCAAUUUCGUUGGGAGGUCGGACUAAUGACCGACUACCUGGUCCACAAGUUCAAGCGCACACCACCGGACGGGCAGAUCUGUAUCAUGUGGGACAUAGACGAAUGGCACUACUGA